AUGGAUUUGAGAGAAGGUUUGAUGUAUGAAGAGCAGCCAGUGCAAAUUCUGGAUAGGAAGGAACAAGUGUUGCGCUCUAGAACCAUUCCGGUAGUGAAGGUAUUAUGGAGGAGUCAAAUUGUUAAGGUAGCCACUAGGGAACCCGAGGCGCAGAUGCAAGCCAAAUACCCUUAUCUCUCUGAUUCUAGAGUUUCAACUUCCCUAGCCAUUGUUGCCAAUUGA